UGCAGCUGGGAGGGACAAGCUCAUAUCCAAUGAAACAGAGGAUGAGGCCACAACAAGGAUGCUUUACGUCUGCACGCCGGAGUAUUGUCGGAAGUUAGUGGCUGUCUUUAAAUCGACUUCUAACAACACAGCGAAACAAAGGAGGGAUAUGCAUCUGCAUUAAAUAAUCAGCUGUCUACUGCAUUUCUGAGUGUUUUUGGAUUGGACAGUGACGUUGGAGGAUGGCUCAGUGGGAGAGGCUCAGGCAGCUGCACUCUGUGUACCAGCAACAGCUGGAUGAGCUGUAUGACAGAGACGGCUUACCUAUGGAUGUGCGGUAUUACCUGGCUGCCUGGAUAGAGAAGCAGGAGUGGGAGCGUGCCGUGCGUGAUUAUGACUUGGCCAUGGUGCUGUUCCAGGUGCUGCUGGACAAUCUGGAUACCCAGCACAGUCGUUUUGUGCAAGAGGAACAAUUCUUAUUGAAACAUAACAUCAGACGCUACAAACAAAACUUUCAGCAAAAGUACCAGGAACAGCCGUGCACCUUGGCCAGCACAAUCCUGUGGUUCCUGCAAAAAGAGAAGGAAAUCCUCGAGACUGCUGAGCUGGAUAUGCAGGUAAAGCUGUUGCAGGUGGAGCCGGAACAGAUGGAGACAGACAGCCAGAAGGACCUGGAGCGAAGGAUGGCCGGCCUAAGGAAUGAAGUUCAGUGUGUCGAGCACGCACUGACUUGCCUUGAAGAACAGCAAGACGAGUUUGAUUUUAAAUACAAAACCCACCAGAUGGAAGGUGCGACAGAAGAGGCCGCGAAAAAGGAGCAAGACCAGAACAUGAAAGUCCUGCAGAUGCUGAUCAACAGACUGGAUGAGUGCAGAAAGACCAUGCUGUCGAACCUGGGCAAGCUUCUGGAUCGUUCCGAGGAGCUGCUGAGUGUGUUGGUGAAGAAGGAGCUGCUGGAGUGGCAGAAGAGGCAGCAGAAGGCCUGCAUCGGAGCGCCAGACAACGUUUGCCUGGAUCAGCUCGAAAACUGGUUCACCUGUGUGGCAGUGUGUCUGUUCCAGGUGCGUGAAUUUCUCAGCAAGCUGCAGGAGCUGAUGGGAAAGCUGACCUACCCCAAUGAUCCCGUAAAGGCUCAGAAACCAGUUUUGCAGAGCCGAGUGGACAGCCUGCUGACAGAGUUACUCAAAAGUGCCUUUGUGGUUGAGACUCAGCCAUCCAUGCCACAGGGGAAAGGCCCCCUGGUUCUGCGCACCAACGUCCAGUUCUCUGUCAAGACCAGACUUCUCGUCAAGUUUCCUGAGUUGAAUCAUGCCAUGAGGGUGACUGUGUCCAUGUCCAGGGAGGCUCCUGUUAUCAAGGGAUAUCGGCGCUUUAAUGUCCUGGGGUCCAACAGCAAGGCCUUGAAUAUGGCAGAGAGCCAGACCGGCGGCAUGGUGGCAGACUUCAGACAUCUGACUCUGAAGGAGCAGAAGUCUGGAGGCAGCGGCAAAGGAGUGAAUGAUAUUUCUCUCAGUGUUACCGAAGAGCUGCAUAUCAUCUACUUUGACACUGUAUUUGAGAUGAAAGGCUUGUCAGUCAACUUGCAGGCCGCUUCUCUCCCGGUGGUGGUCAUCUCCAACUCCAGCCAGCAGCAGAGCGCCUGGUCCUCCAUCCUCUGGUUCAACAUGCUCAGCCAGGACCCGAAGGAUAUCACGUUCUUUGCCAACUGUCCUGCUGCCAUGUGGCCGCAGCUUGGGGAGAUGCUGAGCUGGCAGUUCCUCUCUGCCACCAAACGGGGUCUGGAACCUGAGCAGCUAGACAUGAUCGCAUAUAAACUCUUCGGAAAGCAGCAGAAUUAUGACUCCUGCAAAAUGACUUGGUCACGAUUUAGCAAGGAGAAUGUUCCUAACGCCAACUUCACGUUUUGGGUCUGGUUUGACGGCAUCUUGGUGCUUGUGAAAACCUACCUUGAAAACUUGUGGAGAGAUGGCUCCAUCAUGGGCUUUGUAAGUAAAGCCAGGGAGAAGACCCUGCUGAAGAAAAAACAGACAGGCACAUUCCUGUUGCGCUUCAGUGAAAGUGUCAGAGAUGGAGGAAUCACCUUCUCCUGGGUGGAGUACUCCCCGACUGGUGAGCCGGAUGUAAAGUCAGUCCAGCCCUUCACCAAGGUGGACCUCUCCCAGAUCCCCUUCCACGAAAUCAUCAGGAAUUUCCAGAUCUUCGAGGCGGAGAAUGUGCCAGAAAACCCUCUGCUUUACCUGUAUCCCAACACCCCCAAAGAUGAGGCUUUUGGCAAAUACUACACUGACAAGACUGGAGAUGACAGUCCAUACAUAAAGUACAUCAAAACCAAGCUGAUGUUUGUUUCAAAGGAGAACACACUGGAGGCUAAGUCACCUAUGUAUUCUGACAUGGCAGAGGGUGAAGGCCUGGAGCCAGUGAAUGGCCUGUGUGGAGAGGCAGCUGGCCUAAGUGUGGAUCUUCAUCCUCUGGAGUCGCCCAUGAGUGCUGAUCCUGAUCCCAUGCUGUCAGGCACCAUAGAAACCCCACACGAAGAUUUACUUCUGUAUUUCAAUAACACCAAUACUUUCAGUUCCACUGAAAUGUUUACCAACGAUCACACGUUCUCCGAAUUUGGUCUACAAGGACUUGCUGGCCCCUUCCUGCAGCCAUGUGGGAGCACCUACCAAUAAGCAUAUUUCUUAUUCCACAUUCUCUAAAGUGCAUCAUUUAAACUCAUCAUCAGCUUUACUCUUACUUAUGUUGCACCAUGCACAUUACAAAGUCGUAUUACUCAUAGUUAAACCAGUGGUUGACCCGAACUGUUUCCUUGAUUAUUUACAUUAUUAGUCUUCCCUGAAGUGUUGAAGCCUCUGAGAAGAAAUAGCUGUUACAGUGAAAUGCUUGAAAGACGGUUAACAAAUAAUGACACAGUAAGCACUGAAGGAUGCCUUUUGUAAUCAGGGCGGGAAUGCUGCUGUGCACUUUGAAACAUUAGAAUAUAUUUAUAAUGCCUUUCCAUUCUUGUUGGUAAAAGAGAGCAAGUCCUGUUUCAUAAGACCGCAUUGAAGACAGAAAAAAAGAGAACUGAAGGAGUUGGGCUUUUGUCCCUUUUAUUACAGCACAUAGUUGGCACCUGUGAUAGAUCCCUCUGCUUCUUGGGUGCACGUUUUCCCCUUUAGGAAUCACAUUGGCUUCUUACAAUUGGGCUUGGUGUUUUUCUGAUAGCGUGUCUUACAGUACAAUGUUUUAAAACCUUUUAAGCUAUUGGAAAAGGUUUACUUAAGUACUUUGCACUGACUACACAUAAUUUAUAGUUUUAUUGUUGACUGUGAAUCUCAUCGUAGGUUUUUAUGCUUAUAAUGCCGCCAUGUAACAUGUUGUGCUGCAUGAAAUCCCAUACAUAUAUCAUAGCAUUUCCUCCCCUCUGCAGUUCCACAGCUUUUAUAUGUUUUUAUAUCAAUCCUGUCCAGUUAGAGAGAAUUGAAAUAUUCCUGUUGGCAAUAAAGGGGAAGUGCUGAGUUGA